AUGGCUGGCUUGUUGUCAACAGCUAUCCGCCCCUCUGCGGCUUCACCAGCAAAUUUGACCGAACGCGGUCUGGAUGGUUAUACGAAUGCCGUCUAUUUCACUAACUGGGCGAUAUAUGGUCGCAACUAUCAACCGCAAAACCUUCCUGCGUCUCAAAUCACGAACGUCAUCUAUGCAUUCAUGAACCUUCGUCCAUCCGGAGAAGUCUACUCCGGCGAUACCUACGCCGACUUGGAGAAGCACUACCCAACAGAUUCAUGGAAUGACGUCGGCAACAAUGCCUAUGGCUGCGUCAAGCAGCUCUAUCUUCUCAAGAAGUCCAACCGUCAGAUGAAAGUGAUGCUGAGCAUUGGAGGUUGGACCUGGUCCACAAACUUCCCCGCUGCAGCUAGCACUCCCGAGGGGAGAGCCCUGUUCGCCUCCUCAUCCGUCAAGUUCAUGAAGGAUUGGGGGUUCGAUGGCGUUGAUGUCGAUUGGGAGUACCCUACCAACGCUGACGAAGCUGCCAACAUGGUCCUUCUGCUUCAAGCGGUUCGGAGCGAGCUGGACACCUACGCUGCGCAGUACACCCCUGGCUACCACUACCUCCUCACCAUUGCGUCUCCCGCCGGUCCGAGCCACUACAGCGUUAUGAACCUCAAGGCUGUCUCGGAUAUCAUUGACGCCUUCAACCUGAUGGCGUACGACUAUGCCGGCUCGUGGGACGUCAACAGUGGUCACCAAGGCAACCUGUACCCGAACCCCGGCAACCCGGCAUCCACCCCGUUCUCGACCGAUGCUGCUGUCAAUGACUACCUCCUCGCUGGAGUGCCGGCAUCCAAGAUCGUCCUCGGAAUGCCGAUCUACGGACGCUCGUUCGAGCAGACCAACGGCAUCGGCCAGCCCUUCUCCGGUAUUGGCAGCGGCUCUUGGGAGAACGGGGUGUGGGAUUACAAGGCCUUGCCGCGCGCGGGCGCGACCGAACUUUACGACUCCACAGCAGUGGCGUCUUAUAGCUAUGACCCAGUCAGCAAGGAGCUCAUCUCUUACGAUACUCCUGACGUUGUCAGGACCAAGGUCUCGUAUUUGCGGAGCAAGGGACUUGGUGGCUCCAUGUUCUGGGAAGCCAGCGGGGACAGGAGUGAUGGCGGCAGUCUUUUGGCAACCAGCUUUGAUGCUCUCGGCGGCUCGGGCACCCAGGACAAGAGCUUGAACCAGCUGAACUAUCCCAAUAGUCAGUACGACAACAUUCGGUCUGGUGUUCCGGGGGGUUGA